UAGUUCUCUCGCUCCUCUGCUUCUUUCUUUGUCUCUUUUUCCCUUUCGUUCCCUUUUCCCCACUGUGAGGUCCGUCGCGCCAUCCAUAGUCAGGGACAGCCAAGUAUCAGGAACGCACUCUUCUUCCAGCUCUCCAACGCUAUAUCUUCCUCGCCCAGCAGAGCUGCAGUUCCUCGAAUCAGGAUCGCAUUAUAGCUUUUUCUGCGCUCAAGGUCUAAGAAUUGCAUCAAGAGGAACAUGAGUAAUAGCAUAGGUCAUAAUUUAUUCCACCGGAGUUUGCUUCAUCCCACGGGUGUAGACCACCGAACCAAACCUAAUUAUUCUGGCAUUCCUGCGAGCACCUUGUUCAAAUCUGCGUCUGUGAAUCAAGCUGCAGUCCCAACGCAUAGGACUCUACCAUCCUCCAGUUUCUAUGGAAGAAGCUUGAAAGCGAGGAGAUCAAAGGUGUCUGUUGGGGCAAGUCACCCUGUUGCAGUCACGCCACAAGCUGUACUGGCCAUGGAACCGCCAUCCGAGCUUGCAGGUAAAUUCAAAGUCGAUGACAAUACAGAAUUGCAGGUUUUCGUUAGCAAUGCUCCUACUGCAUCGGUUACUAUUGUAAAUAUUCAGAUAACAUACAGCAGUGACUCAUUGAUUCUCCACUGGGGUGGGAUACGUGAUAGAACAGAGAAAUGGGUGCUUCCUGCUCGCUGCCCAGAUGGAACGAAAAACUAUAAAAAUAGGGCUCUUAGAACGCUUUUCUCACAGGCUGGUUCAAGUUCUGUCCUUAAACUGGAGAUUGAAGAUCCUAACAUCCAAGCUAUUGAGUUCCUUAUAUUUGAUGAAGCCAAAAACAAAUGGUUUAAAAAUAGUGGCCAGAACUUUCAUGUAAAGUUGCCCACGAGAGAGAAAUCGACAGUUCCAAAUGUAUCAGUUCCUGAAGAUCUUGUACAAGUUCAGGCAUAUCUCAGAUGGGAAAGAAAAGGCAAACAAAUGUAUACACCUCAACAAGAGAAGGAGGAAUAUGAAGCUGCUCGUGCCGAGCUAUUAGAGGAAGUAGCCAAGGGUUCUUCCAUUGAAGACCUCCGGCUAAAGCUGAAUAUUAAAAAUGAUGGAACCGAAAUUAAAGAGGCCAGCAGAGAUGUCUCUGUGGAUGAGACGAGGAAGAAGAUCACCAAAGGCGAGACCCAUAAGAAGAUUUCUGAGCAGGCAAACAAGAAAAAUAACUUCAGUACUGAAAGGAUUCAGCGCAAGAAGAGGGACUUGACACAAAUUGUUACUACAUACAGUGUUGACUGUACAGAGCAAGCAAUCCCUGUGGAACGAAAAUCUGCAAAGCCAGUUGAGCUCUAUGCCAAAGCUGUAGAAGAACAAGAUGGCGACACUAUCAUCAACAAAAAAAGCUUCAAGCUUGGAGAUAAGGAGAUCUUGGUAGUUGUGAGCAAGCCUGGUGGCAAAGUCAAGGUUAAUCUUGUUACUGACCUUGAAGAGUCGACUAUUAUUCAUUGGGCUUUGGCUAAAAAGCCUAAAGAGUGGUCGGUACCACCUACAACCGUCUUGCCCCCAGAUUCAGUUACUCAAGAGGAAUCGGCUCAAACUCAACUAACUAAGUCUUCUGCUGAACUUCCUUAUCAGGUCCAGACGUUUCAAAUAGAGAUUGAAGAUGAUAGUUUUGUAGGAAUGCCUUUCGUUCUCUUGUCCAAGGGAAACUGGAUAAAAAACAAAGGCUCAGACUUCUACGUUGAAUUUGCCAGCGCACCUAAGCAAGUGCAAAAGGACGUAGGUGAUGGAAGAGGUACGGCAAAGACAACAUUGAAUCGAAUCGCAGAGUUGGAAGAGGAGGCACAGAAGUCAUUCAUGCACCGGUUUAAUAUUGCAUCUGAUCUGAUGGAUCAAGCCAAGGAGGCUGGAAUCUUAGGUGUUGCGGCUAUAUUUGUGUGGAUGAGGUUUAUGGCUACGCGGCAGCUUAUAUGGAACAAAAAUUACAACGUCAAACCACGUGAGAUUAGUCAAGCCCAGGAUAGGCUUACUGACUUGCUCCAGGAUAUUUAUACUUCCUAUCCACAGUAUAGAGAGUUUUUGCGACUGAUUAUGUCAACUGUUGGAAGAGGAGGUGAAGGAGAUGUUGGACAGCGUAUUCGUGACGAAAUAUUGGUUAUUCAGAGAAAUAAUGAUUGCAAAGGUGGAAUGAUGGAAGAAUGGCACCAAAAAUUGCACAAUAACACUAGCCCAGAUGAUGUUGUAAUCUGCCAGGCAUUAAUUGAUUACAUCAAUUGUGACUUUGACCUCGGUGUUUAUUGGAGAACUUUGAACGACAACGGAAUCACAAAAGAGCGACUUUUAAGUUAUGAUCGUGCCAUACAUUCUGAACCAAAUUUCAGAAGGGAUCAAAAAGAUGGUCUUUUACGUGAUCUUGGAAGCUAUAUGAGGACCUUGAAGGCAGUGCAUUCAGGUGCAGAUCUUGAGUCUGCUGUUGCAAAUUGUAUGGGUUAUAGAGCAGAGGGACAAGGUUUUAUGGUCGGCGUGCAGAUUAAUCCAGUCUCAGGGUUACCGUCUGGGUUUCCGGAAUUGCUUCAAUUUGUCCUACAACAUGUGGAGGACAGGAAUGUUGAAGCACUUCUGGAGGGUUUGCUCGAAGCUCGUCAGGAGCUUAGGCCAUCACUGGUCAAGGCUAAUUCUCGUCUGAAGGAUGUUUUGUUUUUAGACAUCGCCCUUGAUUCUGCAGUUAGGACAGCCAUUGAAAGAGGAUAUGAGGAAUUAAAUAAUGCUGGCCCUGAGAAAAUUAUGUAUUUCAUUACUUUGGUAGUUGAGAAUCUCGCACUUUCAUCGGAUAAUAAUGAAGAUCUUAUUUACUGCUUAAAGGGAUGGAAUCAUGCCUUAAAUAUGUGCAACUCAAGGAGUAGCAACUGGGCAUUAUAUGCAAAAUCAAUUUUGGACAGAACUCGCCUUGCCCUUGCUGGCAAGGCAGAGUGGUAUCAGCAAAUUUUCCAACCAUCAGCAGAGUAUCUUGGAUCACUGCUUGGAGUAGAUCAGUGGGCUGUCAAUAUAUUCACAGAAGAGGUAAUCCGUGGUGGUUCGGCUGCUGCUCUGUCCUCACUUCUUAAUAGACUCGAUCCGGUUCUACGUAAGACUGCAAAUCUUGGAAGUUGGCAGGUUAUCAGCCCAGUCGAAGCAGUUGGGUACGUCGUUGUUGUGGAGGAGUUGCUCACAGUACAGAACAAAACUUAUGACCGUCCUACGAUAUUAGUUGCAAAAAGAGUGAAAGGUGAAGAGGAAAUACCAGAUGGCACAGUUGCUGUGCUAACACCUGAUAUGCCUGAUGUCCUAUCACACGUAUCUGUACGUGCAAGAAAUGGCAAGGUUUGCUUUGCUACAUGUUUUGACCCUAACAUUUUGGACAACCUCAAAGCGAGUGAGGGAAAACUAUUGCGUCUGAAACCUACUUCUGCGGAUGUAGUCUACAGUGAAAUAAAAGAGGAUGAGCUGGAAAGUUACAGUUCAACUAGCUCAACCGAUGUUAGUACUGCAUCUCUGAAGUUGGUAAAAAAGGAGUUCAAGGGAAAAUAUGCCAUAUCAUCAGACGAUUUCACUGGUCAAAUGGUUGGUGCCAAGUCCCGCAAUAUCUCAUAUCUGAAAGGAAAAGUUCCAUCAUGGAUCGGUGUUCCGACAUCAGUGGCCUUACCUUUUGGAGUUUUUGAGGAGGUUCUAGCGGAUGGUUUGAAUAAGGAAGUUGAGAAGAAGCUCCAAUUGUUGAAGAGGAAAUUGGAUGGAGGAGAGUUUGCUGUUCUGGCGGACAUCCGGAAGACGGUUUUAGAGCUAUUACCUCCACCACAGCUGGUUAAAGAGUUGAAAACCGAGAUGCAGAGUUCUGGGAUGCCAUGGCCAGGUGACGAAGGGGAAAAGAGAUGGGAGCAAGCAUGGACGGCUAUUAAGAAGGUCUGGGCUUCGAAGUGGAACGAAAGAGCAUAUUUCAGCACGAAGAAAAUUAAGUUGGAGCAUGAUUAUCUCUGCAUGGCCGUCCUGGUGCAGGAAAUCAUAAAUGCUGAUUAUGCGUUCGUCAUCCAUACUACGAAUCCAUCCUCAGGAGACUCCUCAGAGAUAUAUGCUGAGGUCGUGAAAGGACUUGGAGAAACUCUCGUUGGUGCUUAUCCUGGUCGUGCUUUGAGUUUUAUCUGCAAGAAGAGUGACCUGAACUCCCCACAGGUUCUCGGUUAUCCUAGCAAACCCAUUGGGCUCUUCAUCAGACGUUCAAUCAUCUUUCGCUCAGACUCCAAUGGUGAAGAUCUAGAAGGCUAUGCCGGUGCAGGCUUGUAUGACAGUGUGCCAAUGGACGAAGAGGAGAAAGUUGUGCUAGACUACUCGUCCGAUCCAUUGAUGAUCGACGACAACUUCCAGAAGUCGACUCUCUCAAAGAUUGCGAGUGCAGGGCAUGCAAUCGAGGAGCUCUAUGGAUCUCCACAAGACAUUGAAGGCGUGGUACGAGAUGGCAAAAUCUACAUCGUUCAGACAAGACCCCAGAUGUAGUACCGUCAUCAUCCUGCAUUAAAUUUUCCGCUCAGCAAUUUCAUCCCCAAUUUUCAUCCAUUACAGUACACAUGAUAUGAAAUAGCUUCGAGACCGCAACCUGCUUUGACAAAUCGAAACAAUAGUAUAUGUGAAUAAAGCGGGAAAUAGCCAAAAGAGUAAUGUAAUAUACCCAGAGAAAGACUGGGACACUCAACUGCAUUUAUAACUGCGUAAUGCGGUGUAUUAGAACAGUGACUUACACAUACAUAUACACACAAACGUACAUGUACAGAUGUAUUUAGUCUGUCACGUAUACAAACCAGCAUCCGUAUCAAUACUUGAUACCUUAAAUCAUCAAUGCUAUGGUUUGUAGAGGUUCAAAA